UGUGUGUGUGUGUGUGUGUGUGAAGGGAAACCUCCCUAUAAAAGCUCCUCCUGGACGAUAAGUACAUGACAAACAGAAACUCAACACAGAACUCAGCUGUCAGCUGCCAUGAACCUACAGCGCCUCUCCUCUCUGCUGCUCUGUGUCGUUUGCAGUGCAGUUUUCACCAUACGGACAGCUGCCGCUCACACAUCUGCACUGGAUCAUGUGACGGUGAUGUCAUCAUCGGGGGAGGGGCUUCAGAGCGCCGUGGGUGAAGAUUUGGAAUCUGAUGAUGAUCUGGAUCCAUCGGGAAUGUUCAUCGAUCCAACUUUGUUUAAAGUAACCCAAGACAGUAAAGGAGACGAGCAGAAUCACAAGCGCUCUGGACGCAAAAAGAACAAAGGGAGAAAAAAGAAUAAAAAUAUCACUCCUGUUCAGCCAAUUAACACGCUCAGUCACAGGAGCCACAGCACAACCCCUGACCCCUGUCUGACCUCUCAUGUGGACUACUGCAUCCACGGCCACUGCACGUACCUGCAAGGCCUGAGAGAGCCUGUCUGUGUAUGUAAGAGAGGUUAUGAUGGGGAGCGCUGUGGUAUCCAGCUUCUCGGGACAUCUCGGGACGAGAGCAGCACUGAUCGGACCCACACUGCGCUCGUCAUUAUGGCUGUCGUCCUGUCAGUCAUCAGCUGCCUAGCCAUUCUGCUCAUGGUCUGCGUGCACUAUAGAACACAUGAUCGCUUUCAGGCGGGGUUCCUGAGCUCCUCUAAUGAGAGAGAGAAACUAGAGAAGAAGAACAUCAUGGUGUGAAGAGGAAGUAGAAUUCACGCUGCUGUCACUGGUGUGGAGUGCACUACAGAUAUAUUGCACAUAGAAUAAUAUGA